AUGAGAGCCACACCGUCCUCGCCUAAGCAGCCGAGUGACGACGGGAGGGAGGGAGGGAGAGAGGAAGGAAACGGGUGCGCGAGCCAGCCCCACGCAGAGCCGAGCCGACGAAAGCGAGAGGGACCGACCCCGGCCCCACCCGGUGGGUGCCGAGGGGCCGGGCGCUUCCUGCACCUGCUGCCACCUCUGGGCGGGCAGAGCGGGGAACGGAGCUACGGCCGCCGGGAAGGGACGCUGGGCAGCGGCCCAGAGCGGCCGGCGGGGCGCGGGCCGGACCACGGCCGAGGGGCGCCGGCCGGGGUUGGGGGCAGCCUCGCAGCACUCUGGGCGGUGGGGGGGGGGUUGCGACGCGAGUCUGCCCCGCGGGCCACGCGCGCGGAGGGGCCGCCGCCGGCACUCACCUGCCCGCUUGCCCCUUCGCGCAGCGGCGGCGGCGCCACACUCCGCCGGGACCCACAGUCCACCUCAACCAAGCCCCAGGCGGUGGCGGCGGCGGUUGCGGCCGGACAGGCGGGGGCGGGACCGCUGCCUGAGACGGCCCCGCCGCCGCGGCCCAACCCGGUUCCGCCCGCCCCAGGCCCCGCCCCCGAGCCACCGCCGCCGCCGCCCAUUGGCCCGCGGUUCAGUCGCAUGGGCGCGGCACCGCCCCACCGCCCCCCGACCGUUCCGCUCGGGUUCCUGCCCAGCCAUUGGGCCGGCGGGCUCCGGGGCCAGAGCGGCCUGCUCGGCCCCCGCCAGAUCGAAGUUAGCGGGCGACAGCGGGGCCGCGAGACGCGUUCCGGGAGAGGGUCUGAGGCGCAGGAGCGGGUCAGGGAGGCCGGCGCGGACCGUAGAGCAGGUUGCGACGCUCCAAUGAAGGGCGGUUAG